AUGAACUUGUCCUUUGCGGGUUGUGGUUUUCUUGGUAUUUACCAUGUUGGUGUUGCUGUGUGCUUUAAAAAAUAUGCACCACAUUUGUUGUUAGGAAAAAUUUCUGGUGCAUCUUUUGGUGCUAUUUCGGCCUGUGCACUUCUGUGUGAUAUUCCGAUUGGUGAAAUCACCAGUGAUGUCCUGAGGAUAGUAGGUGAAGCAAGGGCCGGGUCCCUGGGACCAUUCAGCCCGUCAUUCAACAUACAGAAUGUGCUCUUGGCGAGUAUGCAAAAGCACCUGCCACCCGAUGUACACAAGAUUGUCAGUGGUAGACUCCACAUCUCACUUACCAGAGUGUACGAUGGCAAGAAUGUCAUUGUCUCAGAAUAUCCGACAAGAGAGGAUCUCUUGCAGGCGUUACUUGCGUCAUGCUUCGUCCCAGUGUUCUCUGGGAUGUUGCCGCCGCGAUUCCAUGGCAUUCGCUACAUGGACGGCGGCUUCAGCGACAACUUGCCCGUCCUCGACGAGAACACGGUCACUGUCAGUCCGUUCUGCGGCGAGAGCGACAUCUGUCCCAGGGACCUCAGUUCGCAGCUGUUCCAUGUGAACCUGGCAAACACAAGCAUAGAACUGUCGAAGCAAAACAUGAACCGCUUCGCGCGCAUCCUCUUCCCGCCGAAGCCCGAGGUGCUCAGCAAUAUGUGCAAGCAGGGCUUCGACGACGCGCUCCGGUUCCUGCAUAGAAAUAAUUUGAUCUCCUGCACAAGAUGCCUGGCCGUCCAAACCACCUUCCAGCUGCAAGAUGUUCUGGAUGGCAACAUGUAUGAAUACGAUCCUGAAUGUGAGGAGUGCAAAACGCACAGACAGGACGCGCUUGUCGACGACUUACCGGACACGGUGAUGACGAUCUUCCAAAACGCGAUCGAAUCAGCAAACAGCGGGCUCGUGAGCUGGCUCAUGCGGCAGCGCGGGAUGCGCUACGUGUCGAUGUUGACGCUGCCCUACCGGGUGCCCGUGGACAUCAUGUACGCCACAUUCACCAAAUUCGUGACGUGCACACCAAAGAUGAGCAAGUCUCUGUGGCGUCUGAGCUGGAGUCUGCUGCGACAGCUGCACGCGUUCGUGUACUCAGCGCACGACCGCUCGGAUGCUGCAGCGAGGAUCUUCUACAAGCUCGCCCUCGACGCCAAGAAGGACCCUGACGAUUAUAGACUGGAUAAAUUGGUCAGGAGACGCGCCAGUGAAGUACGAGUGACAUACGGCGACGUGGUAGCGGACGCGGACACAUUUGAACAUGUCUUGAACGUCACGGCAAACAACGACGCGCUGCUCGCCUACUACUACCUUGACAGCGAUAACAAGGUGAAAGUGACUGAGAUUUACGACGUAACUGACGCCGAUACCGAGGCGGUGCAGUCGCCCACCGAGAGGGAUGUCAACAAACAGUUGGAGUUCGACAACGACUGGUCCUCCGAUCUCAUAGCCAACGACGAUGAACUAUACGAAGACAACGUGGACAUUGAACUACUGGACCGCAACAUAUUCUCCGAUCCGGAGAGCGAAUGGACCGAACCGAGAUCGCACUCCGACUCGGAGUGCGAACAACCCGAGUCCGAUCAGAGGAACACGAGUUUCACAGCGUUCGAGUACAAUUUAACACAGAACGAAAGUUUAGGCUAG